AUUUAUAUGUUAAAAAUUUUAAAAACAUAUUUACAAUUUAAUAAAACUAUGACUCCUCGAAAUAUUUUGACACUUUCUAGUGAAGAAAAACGUAAAUUUUUGGAUUCAUUUGAUCAUGUAUUCUCCGAUAUUGAUGGUGUUGUUUGGAAUAUGUCACAUAUCAUUGAAGGUUCAGCCGAGGGAUUUAAUGCUCUACGACAAGCUGGCAAACAGUUAACCUUUAUUACCAAUAACAGUGUAAGACCCGAAGAGCAGUGUAUACAAAAAUUGAUAAAAAAUAAUAUUGAUAUUAAAGCAGAAAAUAUCAUGCAUCCUGCCAAAAGUAUAGUUGAGUAUUUAAAUAACAUUAAGUUUAAGGGACUAAUUUAUAUCAUAGCAUCAGAGGAAUUUAAAAAUGUAUUAAAACGUGCCGGUUACGAAUUAUUGGAAGGGCCUAAUGUUAUUGUUAAGGAAUCGUUUACUGAAGCCAUGGGUUAUGUCGUGGAUAGUCAACCUGUUAAAGCUGUGGUUAUAGAUUUUGAUUUUAAUUUAUCUUUUCUUAAGUUAAUGAAGGCAAAUUUGUAUUUACGUCAACCUGAUUGCCUAUUAAUUGGAGGAGCCACUGAUUUUCUUUUGCCUGUUACCAAAGACUUAUCUGUUAUGGGUCCAGGGCCUUUUGUCAAGAUAUUGGAAGAAACGAGCCGUAAAGAAAUGUUAACAUUUGGUAAGCCUGGCAAAGCAUUGGCUGAGGUGUUAAUGCAACGUUCCCAUAUACCUACAUCAGAUCGAGUUCUCAUGAUUGGUGAUAUGCUGGAACAGGACAUACGUUUUGCCACAUCAUGUGGUUUUCAGUCCCUGCUAGUGCUCAGUGGUGGCACUUCGUAUGAGGAGUUAAUGUCUCAAAAAGAUGAGAAUAUAAUACCAAAUUAUUAUGCCCAAAGUGUUGCUGAUUUUGUGGAAUUUAUAAAGGAUGUAAAUAAAAGAUAACUAUUCUCGCGACCAGCCGAGUGAUGAACCUUUCAAUUAAGUCUCAAAGCAUCUAUACUUUUGCUUAUAUACGUAAUUUGGUGUCUUCCCAAUGGAAAUCAAUUCCCAAAUUCGCAGAGCUAUUUGAAGGCAAGAAUUUUCGUCAGCUAUAAGUCAGCUUUAAUCUGCGUAUAAAGUUAUCUCCCAGAUUUCGAAAUUAAUUUCAAAUAUAAAUGUAUUUAAUGUUUCAUUGUAUUCAACAUUAAAAACAUUUUCUAUUCUUGUAAUUUUUUAAAUGAUAACAAUUUUCUCUAUUUAUUAUAAUUUAUAUUUUCAUUAUUAAUUUCUAUUAUAAUUUAAUUUAAUUAUACUACUUAUAAAAAAUAUAUCAUUGUUUUUUUACUUCUGUCAAUGUUAAACUGUAUGUUAUAUUUAAACUUAUUCCUUUGUUUUU